UUUAGUAAUGGGAAACGCUUUGUAUCUGUAGUCUGAUAAGAACUCAAAGUAACGGAAAUCCGAUGCUCCAUAUUUGUCCAUCCUUUGUAAUUAAUUAAGGAAAUAAAAAAAAUUCCUAGCUUCAAAAUUUCAUGCUUCCACCUAACACAAAUAAUGCACACUUUUGAAUAUCCUAAAUACUGCUCUCUUUGUAAACAAAUAUAAAAGUGUUUAAAUCAGUACGCUCUUAUAUCUUUGAAUAUUAUGAUACUUAAAGGAAACCAAAACAAAAACAUUUCAUAGCUCAGUUGGUUAGAGCACCCGUUUAGCGGGAGGUCUUGAUUUUUCAACUCUUAAUAAAAGCAUAUUCCUUUGAGAAAAGUAUAUUUUUAGUCCCUCAACUUUUGAUAGAGUCUAGAUUUGGUCCUUUAACUGUGAAACUGGACAAGUUGCACCUAUAAUUCUUCAAACCGGUCAAGUUUCGUCCCUUAAUCUGAAAGAAGCGGUAUCCAUGCCGGGUCAACAUGGUUUUGACCAGUCAUUGUUCACUGGGCAGUAUCUCUCUCUCUCUUCUUUGUCCCUCUCAUGGCAUUUUGACGAGCACUUGCAGCGAGCCUGCAUUUCCAUCACCUCGUUGGCUGCACUUGCACCCCCUGCCAUCGGAGCCCAGCCACAGCGCCUCCGUGGCAACCGGCGGCUCUGCAUGCAGGGCGCUUGCAUCAUUCAGGGGAGCAACCAACCAACGACACGGUGUCUAGUAGGACGACAGAUGGUGGUUGCGUGCGGAUAGACCGUGGCGGGGCGCAGCUCACGCGGCUGCGCGAAGCAUGGAGGCUACAGAAGCGUGUGAAGUAUGGUCGGCAUGGCAUAAGCGAGCGUGGCAAGGUCAUCGGCGAGAUGUGCCGGUGCUCAUCGACUGGCCCCGAUCGCACGUUGCUCUGGACGAUGCGUCUAGCUGAUCGAUUCGCCCACCCUCUUGGACAUGCACGUACAUGACCUUUAUCGUUUCGAUCCGUUCUGGCAACAACAGACGAGUAGCACACAUACUCUACGCAUGUCAUGAGUUAUGCAUGCGCACAAAAACUUGCCGUCCAUGUUCAUGUUGAAGGGAGUGACUAUUGAGCCGUGCGCAAGCUCCAUGGCGCUUCGUCAUUGUCCAUUCCCGCGGCCUGGCCAGAGUGGCGCGUGGUGCGCUCAGCCAGAACUAUCGAUGUGGCUACCGGUGCACGUGUGUGGGAUCCGGCAGGACCAGCAGCAUCCGCACCGCAGGGGACAAGCCCCAGUCAGCCCGAGAUGAGCUUGACCGUUGUGGGGACCAUGGCACCACGGUGACUCGCUCGCCCCGGCGAGUCGCGUGAAUUAGGCAGUGACGACCCGCGCCUCGCUCGCUUCUUCUGCACACACACCGUGAAGGUGGCGAGGACAGGUGCCAUGGCGGCGGAGGGACGCGUCGUGGGCGUGGAGAUGGGUAUGUCGCUGCUGCCUGUUAGCAUGGAGGUGUUCCGGAGGACCAUGCCGCCACAGGCACCUCGCGCUACUGCAGAAGAGCUCCACUCCGGCCCUGCCAGUAUGCCGGUUGCUCGUGGCGCUCUGUGCAGCUCCUACCCUGCAUUUACGCCUUCGUGUUGUCUCCGGUGCCGGUGGCGCCGCAGGCGGACGCCAAUUGCUCGACCAAAUGUUGGGAGAGAUAGGAUGAGAGAGGGGGAAAGAUUACCACAUGGGCGUUGACCGGUUAAAACCAUGCUGAGUUAGCAAAAAAAGCUGCUUUUGCUGAGUCAAGGGACGAAACUUGGGCGGUUUGAAGAGUUCUUUUUUGAAUGUUGAUAGUUCCAAAUUCAUUGACCAGAAGAAAGAAGAUUGGUCCAGUUAACGAGGAAAACCAGACAAAAAACCAUACAAACGACGCCUUUCGGCAGACACCACACACACAACACACACAUCCUCACGGCUCACGAGCCACGGGUCCCACUGACUGGAUUCACCUCCAGGACGAUGCUCCCAAGAGAGAACGCGACGCUGAAUAGCGCCGCCAUCAUCCGAUCUAAACUAGAUCAAGAGUUUCCCCCGGAGCAUGUCGGAAAAGGCAAGGUGAGAGCAGCUACAUCGAUGCCUCCAACGAAGGAGCAACGCUUGAGAGCGCCGCCAUCGACGACUCCGGCCGCAACCAGAGUACGACUUUUGCCGGCAGUCUCACCUACAUAGUCCGAACCUAGAAUUCGAUCAACCUACAUACCGAACCACUAUCCCUGCCUCCACAGCCAACCGCACCUCCCCGGCGGGCACGACGUGCUUCCAACCUUGCAUCCGCAAUACCCACUGAACGGAGGAUGCAACCCCUAGCGGCGCCAUUCGUCUCCCAUCGAAAGAAUGCAACCAAGCACAAUGCCAUUCGUCUCCCCGAGGAUGCAACGCCCGCCGGCCAUUCGUCUCCCGACGACGAAGGAUGCAACGCCCGCAGCGGGGCCAUCCUCUCCCUCCAGUCACCAAACCACUACGUUGUCGACGUCUUAACCAGCGAAUCAUUAUCUGAGACCGAGGAAUGCCAAACCGAUGAGUUUGAUCCUCCGUCAGAGGUGCGCGCGUUGAUAGAAGGCCAGUUCAUGUCCAUGAGGGGACAUGCUGAGAGAUGCGGCCUGCCGAUACCUCCGAACCGGAUCAUAGCAACCGGUGGCGCAUCGUCGAACCAGGCCAUUCUCAAGACGAUGGCGUCCGUUUUUGGCUGUCCGGUUUAUACUGUUCAGAGACUAGAAGAAUCUAGGUCGAUAAAAGUUCAAUCUUUUCCGUACCGCAACCGGGACUUCAAAGAAAGAGAGGAGAAACAUGGGCAUACUUGUGAGUACAGAAUUAAUAAUGAUAACACAGGUAGAAGUCCUUCAUUGAUUCGGUUUUCCUACCAGAGAUGACCCCUAAAAA